AUGGUGCCGGCAAUAAUAAAGCUGACAUCACACGAUCCAUCGUCAACUCCGAAAGCUGCAACCAGCCGGUCGGUGGAAAGCAGUAUAGUCAACAGGGGGGACUCCUUCCGCCGCCGUCGCUCGCGUUCUGGCAGCUUGGCGCCAUCCUCCCCUGCCCAGGCCACCCCGGAGCCGCAGGAGCGCAGGCCGGUGGCAUGCCAUCGGGUGGCGAUGGUGGGCGCUCCUGGAGUAGGGAAGACCGCCCUCAUCAGCCAGUUCCAGACCAGCGAGUGCAUUAACGCGUACGACAGACAGCGAGACGUCGACAGCUCGGAACAGAAGGUUUCUAUUCUUCUGAACGGUGAAGAGUCAGAACUGUACUUCGUUAAUUGCACCAGCACGAAGGAGGAAAUUGAUCGCUUCGAGCCACCGGACGCCUUUGUCGUGAUUUACUCUGUGGUGGAUAAGGCCUCCUUUCAGAAAGCUGAACAGGAACUGGCUCGGUUGAUAGACUGCGACAUGCUAAGGUCCAGGCCUGCUUUGUUGGUAGCAAACAAGAUCGAUUUGGCGAGGAGUAGAGCAGUGUCGACGCAGGACGGCAAAUGUCUCGCGUGCACAUACAAAGCGAAGUUCAUAGAGGUCUCGGUGGGGAUAAAUCACAACGUGGACGAGCUCCUGGUGGGUAUACUCAACCAGAUACGUCUGAAGAAGCAGCAGUACUCGGCGGAGGGCGGCAGGGAAUCGUCGCCGGCGCACUGGUACAAAUCUAGGGGAGUGGUCAGAGCAAGCAUGAAGGCGAGGCAGAUGCUUACCUGGAUCUUCGGUAAGGAGGACUCCAAGUUCAAGAACUGCGAGAACUUGCACGUCCUG